CUCCGUUUGGGGAACAUGCUGCUUUGUUUGUGCUCUGUUUGUCUACUUCUUCGUGUACGAAACCAAGAAUAUGACUUUGGAGCAAGUUGACGAACUGUACGACACCAUCGGUAGCGCAAGGAAGUCUGCUGGCUUCGUGCCGACCAUGCAGUACUCUCAUGGAACUGAGGCGGAAGAAAAGUCUGGGUCUGGCAUCAGCAUCGCUCAAGUGGAAGGAAAAGUGGAUGCUUAGAUUUUGGAGGAACAAACAUAUAUGCAAAACCCAAAUUCAAAAC